AUGCAGCCCAUGGCCCUGCACAGCCUUUCAGAGCUGGAAAGAGCCAGUCUGCAGGAGAUUGCUCUCUACAAGCUGCAGGAGAAGCUGCUGGUUGGAGAUCUCAGCCUGGCCAAAGUCAGACCUAAAGGCACUAAAUCCAUCCGCCAGAAGCUGGAGAGCUUCUCAAAGGAGAAGAAAGACUCCUCUCCUCAGACCUUUGGGAUCCCUCUGCACCAAGUCAUCGCCAACGACCGCGCCUACCGGCAGCUGCAGGAGGCGGUGAGGAAGAGCCGCAGGCUCUGCCUGGAGGUGGAAGCCACAGUGACCAGGUUUCGGGCUCAGAGGCAGAAGUCGUCUCCAGUGGGCAGGAGCUGUGGCCUGGUACCUUGUGGGGUCUUCCCAGAGGAGCCACUGCCCCCAGUCUUCCCUGACAGCAGCUCCCGGAGCCAGCGAAGGGGCGCAAUGUCUGUGGACUCCAUCACUGACCUGAGUGACAACGCUUCCAAGCUGCUGGAGGCACUCCAGUUGUCCCACCCCCACGAGCUGGACCCACGGAGGAGCCUGGGCAAGAAGAUGUUGAGCCUCAACCCCAUCAGCUGGCAGGUCCCACGGAUCGUGGACAGAUGCUGCAAGCACAUCGAGACCCACGGUCUCCAAACAGUGGGCAUCUUCCGGGUUGGCAGCUCCAAGAGAAGAGUUCAGCAGCUGAGGGAAGAGUUUGACCAAGGGCUGGAUGUUUUCUUGGAUGAACAGCAAAGUGUCCACGAUGUGGCUGCUCUGCUGAAGGAGUUUCUGAGGGACAUGCCAGACCCCCUGAUUCCCAGAGAGCUCUACAGCCCCUUCCUCAGCACAGCCUCCAUGGAGGGCCCAGCACAGUUGGGCACCCUCCAGCUGCUGCUGUUCCUGCUGCCCCCCUGCCACAGCGACACCCUGCACCGCCUCUUGAGCUUCCUCAGCCAGGUGGCCCAGCAUGCCCAGAGCUCCCGGGGCCCUGAUGGCCAGGAGAUCCCUGGGAACAAAAUGACAGCUUCAAACUUGGCCACAGUCUUUGGUCCUAACAUCCUGCAGAAGGAGAAGCCUGGGGAGAAAGAUGCUGUUGCCAUGGACUUUGAAGACAGUGCUGCCAUCAUAUUGGUGCUCCAGAGGUUGAUUGAGCACCACGAGACCUUGUUCAUGGUCUCUCCAGAAAUGCAGCUGGACAUCCUAAGGAGGCUCUUUCAGACAGACCCUGAUGUCAUUGACUACCUCCUGCGCAGGAAGUUCAGCACCAUGCUGAGCACACUGAGUGAGGACUCAGCAGAAGACCAUGCUCCAGCCCCACCACCUGCUCUGACCCACACCCUGGAGAGAAGUUCAGUCUCAUCAGACUUGUACAACAGGGUCUCCUUCCUAAACCUGGACAUUGAGAUCUAG